GAACACAAGUCAACACAAUGGGAGAAUGUGAACUAUGAGGACCACUGUUAUGCGCAACUUCCCAAGAUUGCGCUACACAAAACUUCAUUUGUGGAGAAGCUUUCUGCUGACGACAUUUUGUUUCAUACGGGCAUCUCGCAAACAGCUUUCAAAUACCUUGUGAAAGCAGUGUCGACAUUGGCCAAAAAGGCAAGCAUAUUGUCACGUGCUGACCAGCUAAUGGUGUCCAAAUCAUGACAGCAAAAUUGAAGACUACGAGUGGGCUGGAGUGCAUAUGGCAGGUGCUAUCCGAUCAUGAAUGGCACUAGAGGAAAUUAUGUAACAGGUGUACCGGUCAGGUACACCUGUUACAAACUGUGCAAACAGUGCCUUAUGAGGCUUCGUCUUGGUCUUCUGUACGGACAUUUAGGGAGAAUUUUCCAGAUGUCAGUUUGUGCUGUGGGGAACAACAUUCGCUACAUGUUUCAAGUGCUGUGCAAAGUAAUGAAGUGGGUUGUCAAUUGGUUGCUAACAGAAGACAUCAAGGACAGCAUGCCAGCGUCCUUCACGGAGAGUGGAUAUGGUUCCACAACGUGCAUUCUUGAUUGCACUGAAGUUAUGUUGCAGCGCCCAAAGAAGCUAAUGGCCAGGGCACAGACGUUUAGUAGCUAUAAAGCACACAACACUAUAAUGUUCCUCGUGGCUAUUGCCCCUAACGGGCACAUCAUGCUGGUAUCUAAGGCAUAUAGUGGACGUGCUUCAGACAAGCUCAUCACAAGGGAGAGUGGCAUUGGAGAUUACUUCAUGAGAGGUGAUGAAGUAAUGGCGGACAGAGGUUUCUCCCUUGACGACGAGCUACUUGUGCAAGGUGUCCGGCUAAACACGCCAGCCUUCACGAAAGGAAAAAAGCAGUUGACUGAAAAGGAGGUCACCACCACAAGGCGCAUUGCAUCUGUCCGCAUUCAUGUGGAACGUGCAAUCAACCGGAUCAAGACGCACAGAAUCUUCAAACAGGCACUCCCAAUCAAAUCCAAACAAACAAUUAGCGAUAUGGUUUUUGUUUGUGCAGGGUUAUGCAACCUUAAACCUGCUCUCAUUCAACAGGGUGUCUAGUAACCAGAAAACAUAAAAUAGACAAGGAAAUCAAGGAAUUAUAUAGAAUACCAUUAAAAAGCAUAACUUCCUGUACAUGACUUCCUGCUGGAUCAAUUGAAGUAUAGGGUCUGUUAUCGUUGGUUGCAAUGUUUUUUUUUUCCCUUCACUUGUAAAGAAAUUUCCAUUGGCACAGUGUGAGACAUUUAAAAGAGUAGUUUGCUUCACAUCCUGUUAAAUUCAGAGAGUUGAAGGACCAAUGCUGUCAGCUUCACAGUAAAAAUAGUGCAGUUGUGGUACUUUGCAAUAAAGUGCUUUAUUUUGAAGGUUUGCUCCAGUUCCUUUUUUAUCAAGAAGCACCUCGAGCAUUCAUAUAUUUUCAUCACUCUGUUACAAUAGAAUCUAUUUUCCAACUUCAGUUUCAGAGCACCCCUGUGAACAGCAGUCCUAGUCUCAAUGUGCCAGGGACCUUCGCCAACAUUUGAAAGUUGAGCAUGAAGCUCGUCUAUACAAUUAAGCAACAAAGGCACACAAAUUACGGUACAUUUGUCAGAGAGGAGGAAAUGCACAAAAAC